GUCUCUUUCAGGUGACCACCGAUUCAUCUCCAUCUCAGCCCCGUCUGAGUGGCAAUGGACGACCGAAAGUGAGGCCACCCAGAACACAUCGCCGUUAGGACAUGGAAGUCCUGCCAGGCAGACUCACUCCAAGUCGCCUCAUACCAUUAAACUGAAGGCGAUAACCCAAGGACACAUGGCUGAGGACACAGCCGACUUUAGCGACACCUUCGUGUUCACAGUAGACUCGUUUCACACAAGUCAUAACUCACACAAGGGGACCAAAUGACACUGUUUAACCUUCCGAGGCCGACUUCUGUGAAGGGGUGCACAAGAUGGAAGAAAUAUUUUCCUUGCACCAGGAGUUAGACCUUUGGAAAUGUUGCCGCCAUGGAACAAGGGAAGAGUGCAUACUGCCAAACAAGCUGCUCGUCUUGAACAAGUGCUUUCGUGCUGCAGCGUCUACCUCACUGAGACUGAACGAGGAGUGCUGACGCUUUUCUCCACCGGUGAUAUUCCUAUUACAAGUCGCAACGCUGGACACGUGGAAGUACUCUUAAGGACCAUAGACGAACACGACAGCAUCAAAUAUUUCUGUUUCCGUGUGGUUAAUAUUGAUAUUCUGCACUGCAUCCUGGGAUCCUUGGCAGUACGAUCGGAUGUGCGCCGGAUCAUCUUGAAUAAUACAGGUUAUAACGGAGAUUCGUACCAUCUCUUGGGCUCAUAUGACUGUGUCACGACGUUUCCUUCGUCCUCUGAGGGUUUCAAACUCAGGACACCAAUGACGACAGCCACCGUGUUAUUAAGCAUGGUGCGCAAGGCAACAUCACUCGAAGUGUUCCACAUAGACCAGCUGGAUAUUAAGAACGACGACGGGGCAGUUGAGCUCGGCGUGGAGUUAGCGAAGAAACGUUCUCUUAGAACACUUUCCCUGGGUACAGGUAGUUGCACAGAGGUUUCGUUUUCCUAUGUAUCUACACUUGAUGCUAUGCAGUCAGCCGAUAAAGAUCAAGCAUGCAACCUGAACUCUUUAACAUUGUGGGCAUUGUGUGCCCAGAGCAGAAUGCUUUACGAUUUCUGGUUGUCAAAUAUCGCGAUCGCUCACGAGAAUCUAUCUAUAUGCCAUAACGACACUGGAGUUACUGCUCAUCAACGUAUUCUUUACGACGAAGUAGUUAUGCUCGCUAACACUCUGUCUCGCAACAGCAACGUUGAGGUAGUCGUUUUGGGAAAUGUUAGCUUCAGCAUGGAAGGUUCUGUUGCACUGGGACGACUAAUGGUCACAAACACGGCGAUACGUACAAUCGACAUAAGCGGCAGUUCCCUCGGGACUGCACAGUGCAUAGCAUUGGCUGACGGACUACGAUUGGCGAAGGUGCUGCAAGAAUUAUCAUGGAAGAUUGUUACUUCACACGCAUGGGGGCAAUGGGAAUCUGUGAAGCCUUGCGAGAAAACAAAUCGUGCAUAACUGUCAGCUUCGGCGAAAUUCGUUCCAGAAAUCAAAUGACAACAAGUGAUUUUGUCGAACUAGCUCUAGCCGAUCGGCGAGGGAGAAUUUGCUUCUCCUGGGAUGCUCAUGCGAUACUAAGCGGCCACAGCCUUCUUAUGCAGCCACGACACGUGAAGAACAUAGUACUGAAUUGCGACACAGGUCAUGAUAUUCCAGCGGACGGGUUUUGCGCUUUUCUCGAACAGGAGGGUACACUGCACUGGUCGACGAAGUGGAUCUCUGUUUACCCUAUCCGGCGUUUAACUUAGUGCGGAAGCUGACUGAGUGUCUUCAGCGCCAAAAUGGCCUUCAGGCUCUUAGGUUAACCCGUUACGAAGAAUGCAAUGAACCAGCGCGCAAAGUACUCCGGUUACUCGCACGGAGCUUGGAGAACACCACGCUCUCUGCUUUACAUCUUGUUUCCCGAGUGAGAGACGUCAUUCAUUGUUUUUCUAGUGUGAUACGCGAAAACAAGUCCUUGAAUAAGAUGACCAUAUGGUGUAAUCUACAGACUGUUGUUUUACAGUAGCUAGAGGAGCAUAUGGAAUGCAACUACGCUAUCACAUCGUUUAAUCUUCCUCAGGAUAUCUCACGUGAUGAUAAACAGCGCAUCGAGGCCCUAGGUGCGCGGAACACAGUUUUACAAGAUCGAUCCCUGCAUUUCAUGUCGGAGAAUGUCGUUGUCAAGAAGUGCUGGGUGGAAGCUUUUGAACUGUCACGUGACACGGGGACGCUCAGGAGAAGAGCCGUCAUGUCCAAGCUGAAGAAAUCGCAACAAGAAGCGCAAGUCCUGAUCGAACGAAAACAGCGGUACAUUCGCGACCACUACUUCACAAUCACUGCAAUCAGCAAAGGAAGGAUUGCGUGCAGUCCAUCUCCAACGGGUGCAACUCAACUAGAUGACCUUCACGCGGAAUGCCUAUCUCAUAUCGCGGGCUAUCUGAGUGUAAGUGAUGUUGUGUGAUCCGUCCUACAGCAGUACGAUGAACCUCUAUACUCAAGAGUGUCUUUACGGCCUGCGCCACACCAACGCGAUAUGCAUUUUUUUUUUCAUGUUCUACGUUACAGCUCGAGAGAGGCACUCUUGAAGACUGACUAGCAGGUGUUGCUUUGUCUUCAUAGAAAAUACAUUGAAGGCUUUUUGCACGUGUGAGCUGCACAUAAACGCACAUACAGGCAUCGUUUGUGGAAUCGCCGAUAGCAUUGCCACCUUCUUUAUACACCUUCUUGUUUCUGGAGUGUUAAUCGUGUGCCUCUUGCACUGUGCACUAUGGUAGCCCUACACGAUGGUCAAGAUAUAUGUAUUAGCGCAACGGCGAUCUUUCACAGGACAUUUCUGCUGUAUGUUUCGUUCUUUUGGAUAUGGUAAUCAAUAAAUAAGGGAGGAACA